CCCAUCUCUUUGCAAUGCAUAUGCAGAUUGUAAAAACGAUAGCAUAGUAUUCUGAAUAUACGCAGAUAGACGCUUUCCGCACGACAAACAGGAUGAAGAACGGGAAGCGGCCUUCCCGCCGCCCGUCGGUGGAUGACCUCAUCGGAUUUGCCGGUAAGAAAUUUAUUGCAUCUUUCCUUUUUUUGCAAAAGCUUCACGCAACUGGUAGUGUCUUCUGCGUCGAUAACCGUGUCUUCUGCGUCGAUAACCGUGUCUUCUGCGUCGAUAACCGUGUCUUCUGCGUCGAUAAUUUAUCAUUAGUUACUAGGGAAGUUGCUCCUCUGGACCCCACGUGGCAAAUAUAGUGGGCUAGGAAGUUCCUUUUUACUGCAACGCGAUUCUUUUCGUUUUUUGCAAAAGCUUCACGCAACUGGUAGUGUCUUCUGCGUCGAUAACCGUGUAAAAAGAAAAUUUAUCAUUAGUUAUUUCUUUGCGCGUCAUUUUGCAUAUGAAACUCAAAACAAUUCCUCCUGCAGAUGCUCCUGCUCCAGUUGCGAAGCGUGAAAGAAAUACGGCACGAGUCCCUCGUGCACCUAGCCAGCAGAAGGCACCAAAAGGAGACGUGUUGAGAGUGCGGACAAGAGGUAAUCGUUACUAAGUACAAUUAACAUUCUCGAGGAUGGCAGGCAGAUGCGAAGAACAGUACCACAGCUUUCUUGUAUAGGAAAUAGAACAAUCAUCAACAUUGACACAACUUCUUCGUUGUCCCAGCACUUCCACAUGCGAGCAACUUUCACAGAUCAGUGUUAAUACAACCUCGUUGAUGUCAAAAUACACAACCUUCCACAGAUUAUUCCGAAACGCUCCCUUCGAUGGGUCGCGAUCAAAUGCUGUUCUACAUGGAGGAGAGCUACAACACUGGCACUUCUGGAGCCAAUAUAUCCCCUGGCCCGGGUCGUGGUGUGCGUGCAGGGCCUGACCGUGGCCGCGUACCUCCGCGAUUGAGCGUGGAGAGACCAGAACUGCAACCUCAGAUUUAUGGCUAUUGUGACAACUAUUUUACUGAUUGAGACUGUAGCUGCUGUCAUUGGAGGUAUUAUUAUGAUUAGUUUUCCAGUUUGUAUUUAAUAAAUAUCACAGACUCUCCUGAAACAAAGUAGUCCUAGCCGUCUCACAUCAAUCUACUUCUAAUCCUUCCAAGGCACGACGACUGGCAGGAAGUCGUUGGUCGUGCCACGAGAGGAGCAAGCUGGCCGCAGAAACCUGGAGGUGACCAUGCUGAACACCGAGAGUCUAAAAGUAGGUCAAAAACCGAGUAGACUGAGCAGCUAUGAGGACAAACAGCAGACGAAUGCACAGUACAAGAGGCGAAAUAGUUUAUGGACUGAAGAGGAUGAUUACUAGAUAGCUGAUGCUGUGUAAUGAUUCUUUGGGGUGAGUGCAAAUGCGCUUGCAGGUCAACAUUUGUAAUUAGUGUGCUUAAUGAAAAAGUAGAUGAUCUGUUGAUGGUAGGAGCUCACAACAAACUACCUCAUGAAAACAACAUGUAGACCUACUCCACCUGAUGAUCAUCCGCCCAUUUCCCCACCCUGUGCCUCUUCAUCCCUCUUCUUCGGAGACGGUUCCACCGCCGUUCAGGACUUCGCUUCUCGCAAGCUGCCACAAGGACCACCGUUGCUCAAUGUGGAGAAGAUUGACGUGCAAGGGCUGCUACAUCUAGAUGCAACGACACGGAAUCCGAAUAUUCUCAAAACCAGUUUGGUGUCUCCUGGUGGUUUCUCACUUGGUGGAGGACUGGAUGCGAUUCGGAGUGCUGGUAGUAGACCUCUAGGAGAACAGAAUAAACCUACUGCUGCUGCUGCUAUAACAAGUGGGGCAGAUGUUGACAAAGAGGACACUACUGGGGAGCAGAAGGUCAAGAGUGUGAGGGGAGCUAGUGUGGACCGAAUCGCUUUUGGCAAACUAGAAUCGAUGAAAACUCAGGUGUCUGAACGGUUUGCGGCACUCAAUGCAGCACCAAGGAAGCUGCAAGUGUUAAGACGGGUGAAGUGAACUGUUGUACCAAUAAAUGGAGUUUUUCUACAACUGUAGAGUACAAACAGACGGCGCCCCUUACUAGGAAAAGGAAAUCAUGGUUAGCAUGGUAAAUACUAUCAAAGAUCCUUAAUUCCACUACCUCUUCAUCUUACUUCUAAAACACGAAGACCUGAGAACAAAAGUAGGCCUGCCGACGAAUUUUAUGCCGGAUAGUACUCCGCAAAUCGGGUUGGUUGGACGUGCUGAUACAUUUGCUAGUGGGGACGAAAGGUUGUUUGCAAUGCAAGCAGCCAUGAGCGGGCAUCGUCAACUCGCUGCUCCGAGUAUACUCGAGUUGGGAGACAUCGAUACUCCAAGGUAAGUAGUUCUUACCUUAUAGUGACGAGAGCCGUAGCAUUAUUAGAUAUCGAUACUCGAGGACCUCUGUUCUUGAUGUGAAGUUGAAGUGAGGCUGGUACUGUUUCUUCUAGUAACGCUAAUGUCAGUGCCUCUACUUCAUACAUCACAAAUAAUGUCGCUUACCAGCAACAUAUGAAUUGCCAAAUUUCUCUAAAACAGGCUGAGUCCGAUUCGACGGCCUCCGCUGCGUGUGAACGAGCUUCAGAGGAGUGCUGGGGUUGAUGUCUUUUCUACACCGAUCCAUCACAAACGGGAGCAACCUGGUGUCUCCCCUGACGAUAGUAAUGCUUCUGGCCCAGCAGAGGUUGGGCGGUCGGGACGCCGCAACAGACCGAGUAAGGAACCGGACAGUACUCAAGCGUUGAAGAGUACAUUGUUGCGUGUACGAACCUCCGCGGAGGAGAUGGAGGACGUGGAGGAAACGGAAGAAGCGAGACGUGCAAGGGAAGAAAAGACUGCAGCUGCGGUUGCGAAAGCUUAUGACUUCUAAUGAGAAAUUCGCUGAAGUUUUUGUUUUCCAUUAGUUUCAGGUGAAUGCUCUUGCUCAACAACCUCUUGUUCGGAAGAGGUGCAGAACCGUGGAUGCUUACCCUGUUUUUAACUAUCAGAAUUAAUAUUUUUCUGAAGUAGGGUUUCUUGGGUUUCCUUCCCAUUUGAUUUCUAAGAACCAUUGUCUCCGGCGACUCGAAGCGGCAUCACAAAAGCGCGCGUAGUCGGUGGCGUCUUAGUCGUGGAGGGCGAAGAAAACCGGGCACGACAUGCGAGCCCUUGGCAUCGACGCUACAGAACUAGUGCUGAUGUUGACAACAGUAAAGUAGACGAUAUUGCUAGUAGUGUUGGCGGAGCUCCGUCAUCUGUAAUUUCUGGCGGCACAGCUGGUAAGAUGAACGGAGGUCCUAAGAUAGGCAUAGGCAGUUCAUCGAGUAGGUUCUUGCCGACAAAACGUACCAUUGUCCAGUUUGCUCCGAAUCAUGUGGGGGGUGGGGGUGGUGCAUCUAGUGUGGAAACAUCAAGUGUCGCAGUAGUAAUGCAACAGCAGAUGAUCAGCUUCAAUCAAGAAGACGCUGAGAUGACUGGACCUGGAGGUGCUCCAAUGAGCGGACGACUUAGCUUAGGUGGUGCUGGUGGUGUACCUGCAGGAAGUGUACAACAACUUAAUGGUAUCAGUGGAAAAUUAGGCGGACUCAACGUCGCAACUAUGGGUGGCCCUAACAAUGGCCCCUUUGGUCAACAGAGUACUGACGAAGCAGGGCUAGUUGUUCCGCCUUCGUCUUCAACGUUGGGGAUCGCGAGACACGUGCCGAAUUAUGCCACCGGUGCGCUUUUCAGCGGUAAUGCGGGUGUGCAGUUCAUCCAAAGUCGAGGUGCUUAUGAGAAUCCUCGCUUCGACGAUCCGUUAUCCCGAACGGUCACUAGUGUUGGCACUGUGAUCAUGAAUGGGAACGAGUCGAAAUCGGUGUCGAAGAGUAACUUAGACGCGAAUAGGAGACAGCAAGUUAUGGUGGGAAAAUAUACAUAUGUUUUACAAUGCUGAAAAUAUAUGAAUUUCUCACUCGUCGUACAACCAUUGUCAUGUUCUUUGGACUUCACCUAGCAUGUUACCAGAAAUUCACGAAAUAGUUCAGAUCUUUGUUGACGUGCCAUGCUUCGUACAAAUUCGGACAGAACAAUUUUCCAUUCUUUAGAAAAAUAUCUUCUAACGCACCCGGAACUGCAGGCAUGCUAUCACAACAAAGCUCUGUUGGGGCGCUUCCGCAGCCUGGUGGAUUGCCCUUGCCCUCACUCUUGACGAACGAACCGCCGCAGCUUCCGAGGAUGAUGUUGGAACUGUCUGACGCUGGCUCGCCACGUCGUCUUACAGAGAAAGCUGAGAAGCUGUCGCAACAAGGACUGUUAGCGUUGCAGGGCGAGCAACGACAGCUGAACGAUUUGGCGGUCAUUGAGGAUCCGACAGUAGCAAGUGAUUUUGCGCCAGGUCCACGGACGAACAAUGCAGUUCCUAGGAGCCGUGGACGCAAUGUUCUCACGGCUUCUCAAGGGCCUCUAUCGACGUCUCCAGCCAGUUCCAUAGCUUCGACUCCGCGACGUCCUCUGCCUGCGGACAUAAGACUGCCGCCACCUGCGCGUAGCUGGUCGCCGUCCGAAGACAAUAUGGUGGCUCGCGGCGCAGCAGUCCUGGGCCAAAUGACUAUGCGCAGGAUGCAAAGGGAGCAGGCUGGAGGAGGGUCUACACCACGAGUGGAGGCUGGAGCUGGUGCUGGGAAAAACGUACAUAACUACCAGACUAUCUUCUUAAUCAUUAUUAUGAUCUAUCAUUGAUGACAACCAUGUACGUACUGCUUCUAGUUGUUAUUGAGCUAGGUAGACAAACCUCAUCUUACGAUUAUCUUUUUAUCUUAGCCAUCUUGUGAUUAUCUCGUCAUGUUGGUAUUUGUUCCAACAACACUCCACAGACCACAACACCCGCUCCGCUGAAAAGUCAAGAACAGCUAGAAGCGGCUUUGCGCACCGUGCAGGACCAAGUGCAACAAGUGGCCAGUGUCGUGUCUGAGUUGGCACAUCAUAUCGCGAGACCGCAUCUUUCGGCUGCGAAGCUCUAUGAGCAAGAUCCCAGUCUUGAAAGGCCUGUGGCGCUUUCUCGACGGGCAUCAAACGGUGAGGUCCUGGAGAUGCGGACGCCGCGAGAUAUCGGCGAAGGGGAGGCAGUGGCCCCUGUGAGUGAGGAGACGUUAAGACUACAAGAACAGUGUGAAUAUACUUUUAUUAAACUGAUUCUUUUUCGGUUUUUGUUUUUUUCGGUUUUUGUUUUUUUCUAGUUAGAUAUGCUCGACCAACUUUAUUAAAUUGAUUUUUGAAAAUACAUUUGUUCGUCUUAACAAUAUCAUGCCUAAGAAUCAGUUGUGAACAAGACUUUUUGUUCAACAAAUACUGCUCAGCAGAAAUAGAAUGGAUGAAAAUAUAUACACGGCUCAGCAGAAUGAAUGAAUAUGACAAGAACAUGUUGUUAUUCCAAUCGUCGCAAGAUCAGUCUUGAUCUCUUGAUAUCCCUCUUAUGUUAUUCCAAUCGCCACAAGAUCGGUCUUGACCUCUGUUGAUAUCCCUCUCUUCUAAGCAAAGGCGAAGACAAGAGUCCGAGUCGCGGUGUCGCCCUGAUCAACAACCUGGCCGAUGCCAUUGAAGAUGCAACAGGUUCGCCAGGAGUUUCAGUGGCCGCAGUAGAAAGCGUACUAGACGAGGACGCCCGUGCUGCAGCCUUGGCUCAAGCCAGCGAGGCCUUGGAGGCACAAAAGCAAUUGGCUAGCAAGUUGUUGGAGCAGAUUUCCAGUAGUGCUGAAGGUCCUCCGGAACAACAAGCUGCUCCAGGACUAGGCGAAAAUGCUCCUGUACUAGAGGGAGCCGCUUCAGGUGCUAGUGCAGCUUCUGUAGCUGCUGAGAAGAGCAGAGCUGAACCUCUGGAGGCGGGAACUGAAGACGAUCCAAUUUGGAGGCCAACAGUAACAGAGGAUGUAGAAGGGGAGGGAACUGUAACUGAGGGCAAGGCUGUUGAGGAGUCUGCGCUUCCAGUUGCUGAAGUAGGAGAAGAACCCGGACCAGCAGUAGAGGUUCCGUUAAGGCUGAGACUGGUAGUUUGUUUCACUAGUUAUUAGUUGCAGUCGUGUGACGUCCUUGGAUUGAUAAAAAUGUCCUUGAAGGAACAAAGUUUGCGCAACAUGAAGUUUGUUAUGAAUGAAGCUCUAAUCCAUGGCGCGGAUGAUCCCGAAGCAAAAGACAAUGAGGCCAUUCCUACCGUUGAAGAUCCAGAAGUCGUGGCUACGCCUGCUGACGGGGAUGGCGCUGCGGACGAUGCGGAUGAGAAGGCAGAGGCGAAAGCUCCAGCAAAGAAAGCAGCGAAGAAAGCAGCGUCGGCGAAGUACCUUGUCUGUGAUUUUGAUAGUCUGGUUUGAAGAUGAUGAUUCUUUAUCCCUUAUAAACUUUUUUCUUGCUUUUUCCGAUGUUGCGCACGAUCAUAGAUCCCUAUACGAGUUACCACACACCUCUCCCUACCAGGUCCACUGGUGACGCCGCUGCUAAGGCUAGUAAGAGCAAGGCUGCCGCUGGCAAGAGUCCUGCAAAGAGUGGCAAAGCUGCUUCACCUGAUAAAAAAGCAGCUAGCGCUGGAGCUGAAAAGAAAGCAGCCGCAUCAUCAGAAAAAGCUGCCGCAUCAUCGCCAGGUGCAGAUAAGAAGGCAGCUGGCGCUAAGGCUGCUGGUGCUAAGGCAGCCGCGAAGAAAGAAGUCCCAGUCAAGGCAGAAGCUUCUAGUACUAAAGCGGACUCCGGAAAAGCCUCUCCCAGUAAAGCCAAAGCAAAAACUGGUAAGGCAGCUGCUGGCGCUAAAGAGGAAGCUGCUACACCGAAGCAGGCAGCUACAGCAAAGCCGAAGAGCGGUAUUCUCAAAACGGGAAGCACCGCAAAGGAGUCGACUGAGGUAGAAAAGGCAAAAGAAGUCGUUGUUGUUGCUGGCGCUGCAGCAGCUGCUGAGUCGCAACCUGGUGCAGAAGCUGCUGAGUUGGCAGCUACAACUGCUACAACUGCUCCCACUGCUCCCGAGCCUAAAGCCGAGAAAGCUGCCGCGGUUGCUAAAAAAUCGACAGAAGACAGUGCUAAGGCAGGUUCGAAAGCGAAAGCUACAACCGCGAAGGCUGACGCGAAACCGAAGGCGAAAGUGGCAGCUAAGAAAGCUGCUGGGGGGAAGGCGCCUGCUGCGAAAGCGCUGUUCUACAGCGAUCGUGAGGUGGAUACAAGUUACGGCUCUCGGUCAAAAUAUAGGUUUUCUUCACUGCAGGGCCUCAGAUUCCUCAAUGAAUGUGUCAAUGACUGACUGAACUUGCUUGGAAAUAAAUGAAUGACGAAGCAGUACCAACCUCUAAACCAAACUGGACGUCGCCCCUCUGCAUUACUACAGUACUGUGAGUUUGCGAGGCCGCACUGCAGCCCUGAUGAGCGCCAAGAAGCAGGAGCCCGCUCCGUCUAGUGCUGUAUCCAAAGCGCCUAUGACCAUGAUUGCUCCAGAAAAAUUGCUGGCAUCGCUCAAUCUCUCUGGGCCAUCCGCGUUUCCGCUCUCUAGUAUUAUGGCUUGAACCACUAGUGAAUGAAGGAGCCUGCUCAGACUCACUGUUUAAAGAGGUCGCUUUAACAUCAUUAAUAUCAUCUAGGAACUCUUUAUGGAUUCAUCAUGAAGCAUAGGUAGGCAGGUAGGGCCACAUCUAACAAAAGCAUCACCACCGCCGCAUCCUCGCAACCCUUAGCCGGCACUUCACGAAGUGCAUUCGGUUCCAGCAGCGUCGCACGACCCAGCUUGCAAGUCCGAUCUCCCCCUACUGCUGCAGAACCCUUUUAUCCGAAGAGAGUCAAUGUCGUGCUCGAAAUGACUGCACCAACACAAGCACAAGAUGUUUCCAAUUCGAACGAAGCUUCGUGUUCCAAGAGCAUGAUGAAUUUGCAAUUGUCCGACUCCGACUCUUGCACUAUGCUGAACACUGAUUGCGAGCUUGUUGUGGAGGACAGAAUUCGCGAACCGGAGACGUUACCACGUAUGGAGCUUUUUAGUAAGACAACAUCUUCUGUAUCUGUGGGUGAGAAAGAGGAAGUAGAAGAAGGUUCGAGAACUGCUCCAACAACUACGGAAGAUGAAGAAACUACUACUACUACUACAACUAGUGCAGCAGAUUGGGAUGUUGGUCAUGUAAUUGUUGUUGACCACCAAGAAGAAACUACUACUACAACUAGUGCACAGGAGGAUCUUCAGGAGCUCUCGCACAAAGACGAUUAUUUAGAGCUAACAGCUUCUUCCCUCGAUGCGCACUCCUGCGGCUCUGAAGGUCUCGUUACACUGGAACCAGUCACUUCCUCCUCUGGCAGCGAGGAUGAGCCGGUGUCAGCGCGCAGCCAGGUGCAGACGCGCAAGUGGGAAACCCAACCUUGCGCAAUCGCAGAGCCAGCAUCACCACUGAAGGCGUUGCAGGACAAUCUUCUUCGAAAUAGGACAAAAAGUGAAGAAGAAAUCGUGCUAACAUCUUCAGGAUCAUCUAGUGAAGUAGAAAAUGUUGGUGCUUCUGCUUUUGAAGGAGGACAGGCAAGAACAUCUGGAGAAGGCUACCGUGAAAACGUCGCUGAUGGAAACAAUGGUGCCAAAGGUGGCAGCUCGUCUACAUCGGCUUCUCUUGAAGAUGAAGAUCCUGUUUGUACUAAUGACGCUGCUUCUUCUUCUUCUGGCAUCAUCACAUUUAGUUCACUUGAGCAGGGUCUUGGCAGUAUCGGUUCUCUGUCGGAGGAAGAUGUACGAACUGUAGGAACGUUGUCGGACAUCGAUGCGGUGAUUUGCUCUACUUCGGGUUCGGUUGUGCAGGAAAACUAUCCCAACAAGACUGGGACGGGAACCACUAGUGGAAACAAGAGUCGUGAGAAGCCGACUUGGGCACGUGGAGGUGGAGGAAAUCACUCUGCAGAAGCAGAGUCUGGAGUGAAGAACUCAACACCAAGAAAGAGCGUGAAACGCGUUAAAACAGCUUCUCGGGUUAAGGCUGCUCGUGGAGGAAAGCGUAUGGGUGAAACACCGAAGUGAAAAUCUUAGGAAAAACUUAGGUAGUAGUUUAUUUGCAUGAUCAGAGAUUCGGACGUACAUACUCAUCACUACUAACUACAUGUUCAAAAUGUUUGGGGAAAAGUGAUAGAUUCAUGUACAGAAUAAAGGCGAACGUAAAAGAAUUUGAAUACGAUACCUAUUUUCAAAGAAAUUCUUCUUAGCAACGUCUAACAAAAACUAUUGUGCUUUGCACUGAAAUUUACAAGUCAACAAUUUUCGUAUUUACAACAUUCAUGGCCAUGUCGGACUAUUUACUUGGAUAGAAACUACAGAGAGACAAGCAUGAUCUAUUGAACUAUAUCAGAACGUAGUCUUGCAGCAACAACUUAGCAACAAAAACAACAAGCUUACACAUGACUUCUACAAAACAACAAGCAUUCGAUGCCUGUACUUUACUUCUUCAAAUGAGAAAACGCAAGCAUAGAGAGCUCUUGUAGGGUAAUGAGAAUCAAGUAGUCUUACGGUGAUAGAAGAAAUUUAGGGAAAGUGAACGUCUGUAAAUUACAAUUGAACAAUUCAUUGGAAAAACGAUGGUGCUAGAGGACCUUCAAUAAAGAUAAAGAUUUGUAUUCUCAUAGUAUUUGAUGCUCAGUUGAAAGGGAUUUUUGAGUUAUGUUGAAGAGAAAAUAUAAGCACGCUUCUAGAUGAAACAUUUCUAAAUAAUGCCGACGAA